UCAUUUUUGGUUGAGAUGAGAAAGGAAUGAGAAAGAGAGAGAUUUGUUUUUCUUAGUCAUUUGUAAUUUUAUUUGUAACUAUUUAAUUAAUUUAUUUAAUCAUGUCUCUUGUGGAGAUUAAUUCAUUCCAGAAUCGGCCCAUUUCAAUGCCGACCAUGUCACUUUCUCGAUUGGUUGAUUUUACGGUGCAACGUACAUACCAAGAGCUUCUUAUAUUGACUGACCUACUACCACAAAAGUCUGAUAUUGAAAGGAAAAUAGAAAUCAUUAGCUUUGCCAACAGGACGAGACAGUUAUUCAUUCGGCUUUUGGCCCUUGUCAAAUGGGCUGGAAGUGCUUCUAAAGUGGAAAAAUGUUCGACAAUUGUGGCUUUCCUGGACAAACAAGCUAUGUUUUACAUAGAUACAGCAGAUAUGCUUGCCAAAAUGGCUCGAGAAAAUCUAGUCCAAGCAAGACUUCCUGCUCUCCAAUUACCGGCUGCAGUUGAGGUUCUCACUCUUGGUUCUUACACCCGAUUGCCCACAUGUAUUAGAGAUCGAAUAGUCCCACCUGAUCCAAUAUCGCCAGCGGAAAAAAGAGCAACUCUCCAACGCCUAAAUCAAAUUAUCCAACAAAGAUUAGUUGUUUCCAAUCUAAGUCCUCAGAUGAAAAAUUUCAAAAUCGAACAUGGUAGAGUUAUUUUUCAUGUUCACCAUGAAUUCGAAAUGGCUUUAACUUUGAUGGGAGAUAAUCCAAAUUUACCCUGGAGAGUUUUAUCUAUUGAUUUCUUAGUUGAAGACAAGGAAACCGGAGGUGGUAAAGAUCUAGUUCAUCCAUUCCAAGUGCGAUUCAUUCUUGACGUGAUUCAAGCUCGUCUCAACGAUAACUCAAAAUCCUUAUUAGAUCCAUAUAUUGUACUUCACACGUUUUGUCUUAGCCUUCAACUGGAAGUUCUUCAUGCUCAGGCAUCCAGACUAAGCAGGGAAAGACUUGGAGAAUUAGUUAAAGUAGAUGAAUAUAUUUUGGGACGAAAACUAUGCAUCUCUUACUGGAGAAAUCAAGAUGAUAAAAAUGACAAAAGCGAAACGAAAUCUCCUUGUAAAAUAAUUAUCGAAAUUGACAAUCAAGAUCUGUCCAAACUUUUACAAGUUACUCAUUUACCUGAGUUAGAUUCAAGUACAACUCUUAGUAAUGAACCUUUCAAGUUUACUCACUUAUCUAUUGAGAAACUUUUAAUCAAUACUUCACAUGAAAGAUCAAGGCAAUAUCUUAACUCUAUCCAAGAUCAAAUUAAAAACAAUCUACCAGGAGAAUGUUCAAUCAAUGGAUGUCCACCAGUUCUUAAAUAUUCAUUUGUUCAAAACUCAUCGGCUCACGAACAGAUUGAGAUUAGUGUUGACGCUUUUACCGGACAAUUGUUGGCUGAUAUUCCAAUGCUUGAAGACAAUGAACUAAAAGAGGAAUUAACAACAACCGUUAGAAAAGAUUUAUCUUCUUGGUCUUCUCUUCUCGAUAAAUUAAAAGUUGUCAUUUAUCGGGAAAGAUUUAAAAUAUCAGCUGAAAGUCUAACAGUGGCCACUCACGAUCAACUACUUUGGCAUUCAUCUGUUACCCAUCCUCUUGUUACCGACACAUCAGUAGCUAAACUUUACGUUCAUCUUUGUCGUUAUCCAAAGAACUACAUGCUAAUCACCUUUAAACCAAAUAAUCGCAAUAAGGAGAAAGAAAUUGAUCUCCGUUACUAUCUAUUAACAAUUGAAUCGGUGCCUGUUGAAAUUUGUGACGAUCAAGGUUUACCUCCAACUGAUCAAGAUAUUCCCAAAAUUUGUUACAAAUUAGUUUCAUUUCUCGAAAUGGAUGUUCUUAGUGCUCUUGGUUCACCAAGAGCAUCAUUUGACUACUUUGCCUGCUCAUCAGCAUCCGGGAAAAGGAAACUAAUUAGUGAUGUUUAUAAUAAUAGUUCGAAAAGAUCACCUUCCAAAAUAUCCAAUUUGUUUACUUCUGAAUUUAUGCAUCUAAUUAAUUUCUGUGAUGAGAAACUUUUCUUUGGAAUUUUGUCCGCAGAACUUUUAAAACGAAAUAUUUGUCAUCAAGUUAGAUCUUGUGAUAAAUUCGGUUACAUGCAUUAUAUUGACAUUACCCAAUAUCCACCCGAUUCCAUGGAACCUGCAUCUCGACUUCGUUCAAAUUUGAUCAGUUGUAAUGUACGUUUACAGUCUCGAGGAAUAUACAAACUAUGGGUUGUAUCAUUAACCUUUCACAAUAGUCCAGUUCUUAAUUCAGCUCCACGAGAUGAUUCACAAAAGAGAGUUGUCUCUUUCUGUUACGAUUUUUCCAGUGGAUUUUAUUCCCAGUUAGUACAAAUGAUCCAAGAUCUUCACGCUGAUUGGACAAUCUGCUCAAAGGUUUACGAUAUCGUUGCCGAAUUUAUUGAUCAAAUGAAUGUCACCAAUUCACCUCCCAUCUUUGAGAUUAAAGCUUUCAACUAUAAAAAGGUGACCUUAUGUUAUGGUCCAAACAAGGGAUAUGUUAUCGCCAUUAUUUGGAAACCUUUUGAGAAAAGGUAUCUCCUAUCGUUCACUAUCAACAGCGCUGCAACUUCAGCAAGUAAUCCAUCCGUUAUCAUUGCUGCUCAAUUACAACAUGAAUUUAAUCAAAACCGUUCAAUUGCUUGGCUCUUGCAAACACUCAACUCAACCUAUUCACCUCUAUUGACCUUACAAAAUCUUUCCAGUACUCCGCUUCUCGGUGUUGUCAACAGUCGACCUCAUGUGCCUGUUCAAACAUUUUGUAUUGUCCCUCAAAAAAGUGACCACCUUAGAUUGAUCUAUCGAAACACUUACUGUUUAGACGUUAUCCUUAGUAUGGAUGGUUUUGUCUCCAUACGAGAUGGUGCUUAUAGUUUGUUUGACAAAGCCAAAGUAAUGGAAGAAUUAAGUCCAAUUCAAGGAUUAAAAGCAUUUCUCAAUAAAUUUGUCGAUAAAAAUGCAACUCAAAUGCGAAGAUUAUCCCAAACUGAAGACGAUAAUCCACCUUCACCUAUGACACAAAUCGAUCAUGUUGAAUCAUAUCUAUUCCAACCAACUCAUAACCAAGCUGCAUCUCCGAUGACAAUAACAUCAAACGCCGAUCUAUCAAUGAUGAACACUGUUACUGGAGUUCGUGGUAUGCGACAAGCAAUGACUCCCGGUUCAUUGUCACACCCAAAUACACCAGCAUCUCCACAUACCUCAAUAUUAAAUCAAAAUGCAUAUGCAUCAUCACCUAAUCCAUCAUUUGCCCUCGCCUCACCUCCAUCCCAUGGAUAUCAAACAAAUCAACAGGGAGCAGGUCAAAUCGCUCCUUCACCCUCCAUUCCCAUGUCUCAUCCUGAACAAUCUCCUGGAAAUAUAUUUGGUGUUAAUUCACCAAUGAAUCCUCUUCAUGCACCCUCACCAUCAUUUUUACCUAUCGCAAGUCCAUCGGCUCCCGGAACAAAUAUUCAUUCACCUGCCUCUAAUUAUAUGAAUACCUCAUCUCAAGGUCCCCAUGAUCAUUCAGUUAACUCACCAUUCCCUGGACCGGGAGGAUCAAACAUCUCAAUGCCAUCACCUGCAUCUGUGCCAUGGCCCAAUAGCCCAUCAAUGCCUCGACCCUCACCUAGACCAAUGAGCUCUGGUCCUAGUCCCGUAGGUGGAGGAGUAGGAGCAAGUCCACAAACACAUGUAUCCCCUAAUUACCAUAAUAUCCCUGGACACAUUUCUAUGUCAAAUCGUUUCUUACCUCAACGGGCCUGGGCGGCUGCCAAUCCAACCUUAUUGACCCAUCAAGGUUUUGAUAAUAUGUGCCGUCCACACGCUGCCCUCGAGUCCCCUCAAGCUCAACAUCAUAAUCCAGUUUACGCUUCAUACUCACAAUUGGAACGAUUUUUAGGAUGUGUUUUCAUGAGAAAGACAUUACAACGAGUACUUUCAGGGGAACAAGGAUGGCAAGUAAUUACUUCCAAUCCAACUCCAGGAAUAAUUCAAUUCAAAAACGAUACUUUCCAAUUCAAGAUAGCCGUUCAUCCAAUCACAAUGCAAUCUCUUCAAAUCAACAUCUUACCUUGUCCGGAACACGAAAACUCGUGGCUACCUGAAGAACUGGAAAUUCUCAAGCGUUUCUUUGAAAGUCGCGUUGUUUGUGCUCCAUAUAAACCGAAUCCAUUUAUUUCCUAUUCUCGUCUCUUAAAUGCUCCACUUCGAGCAUUAAAAGACUGCAUUCAAUUGAUAAGACUUGAAUUGUAUCCUGAUCCAAACCUUAAAUGGACUCUGCAAUGGACGUUAACAAUACCGCCCGCUCAGCUUGGAGCUAUUGGUAAACCUGGAAUGUCGGCAAUAUUUGUGCUUAAUAAUACGAAAAUACUUUUCUUUUUGCAACUUACUCGCGUUAUGCAUAAUCUCCCAAUCGGUGUGGAACCUCAAACUCUGGUGAUACCUUUCUUUUUCGAUGGAGAACGUAAUGUCCUACGAGUUGCUACCGAUAGAAGUCAAGGAGCCUCUGCCAACACCGUUGCUCCAGUUCUCAAUGUAAUAAAUGAUAUUUUGAAUCGUUAUGGUGAAUAUCAUAUGCAAUCAGGUGAAUUUUCAAUCUUCAAUGCUAUCCGUGAAGUUAUGAUUAACGAUUUGGUAUCACCAAAUCAACCAACGAUUUAAAUGAACAACUAAUCCUCUCUCUCAGUCCAAUUUAUAUAUAAUUCAAAUUCGGAUCAAGUUUUUUUUUGUAAAAUUUUCAUAAAUCGCCAACCCCUUUUCCCCUGAAUGACUCUUGUCAUAAUUGUACGAAUCUAAUUAUCGUCUUUUAUCAAUCACAAAUAUCAAAUAAUUUGGGAAACAAUAAUUUGCCUGAUUGUAAUUAACCUGUAAAACGGUUAAUUACAAUUGUUCAAAGAUAUCAUUUUUUCAUUAUCAUCGUUAUCAUCACCAUCACACCAUCUUCAUCAUUAUGGUUAAUUAAUUAACACUAAUCUUUGUAACUUUAUCCUAUCAAGAUCAUAUGAUAAAUGUAAAUAUCUGAAUAAUAAACAUAAAAAUAUAACAAUUUA